GCUGGAGAUUAUCACUUUCAACAACAUCAAAAAACAAGUAAUACAACAAAUAUUAUGUCAAAUAGAGGCGCCACUGGCGCUGGCACAAACAAAUCACGGGCGCUGGUAAAUAGUGGUAUUACAGGCAGAAGUACCACCGCCCAAGUGGCGGGUGGGAAUAAAGGAAACGAUAAUAAACAUGGAGCAACAAUUGGAACAAAAAAUAUUGUUAGGCGAAUGCCUCCACCUGCAACUUUACCUUCCUUAAAAUCCGAACAUGGUCAAGAUCCAAGUAUAGUCAUUGUGCCACAAGGAGGAACAGGAUGGAAUUCAAAAUCUGCAACGCCCAUUGUAGGGGCACCAGAAGGCAAUACUGGACAAUCUUCAUUAGAAAAGAUUGCAAAAAAUGUCUCUUUGGACUCGAGAAUCUCUUCAUUCAGUUCUGCAAAUGCUGCAGGAGCUGGCCACGAUCUUCGUCCCACUUGGGCAAAAUCAGCUUCAGGCCACACCACAGCUACUUCUUGUCCAUCUUCUCAAUUUGCCACUCCAACAGAGUCUGCCCCACGAGUGAUUACAAAGCAGAAUGUGAACCAGGACCUAGCUGUUCAACAACAGAGAUGCUCCAGCGAACGAGAUUUUCCGUCGUUGGAGACUGCAGCAAAUGCCAAAUUUCAAGGAGAUGGAAAAAAGAGUCCAGAGACGGACGUCUUAUCAGCUCCUAUCCCUUUAAUUCGUCAACCAAAACCGACAGGUUACAUUGGCGCAUCUGCUCCAAAGCCGAAUGCUGCUCGCAAAUUACCCGCUCGUUAUUGUGGUGGUGGCCAAUCUGCUGUUUCGAAUUCUUCACAGAAAUACGACAUCCUACAGCGUAUUUCAAAACUUUCAUUAGAAAAGGAGCAAAUAAAGAAAGAUUCCUCUUCGCAGCAACAAAUACAGAACGAACAAUUAGAAGCUGUCGACGACAAUUUACCUACACAACAAUCUGUAAAAGAAGAAUCCACAAUUAUUUCAGAAGAGACGGGCGAGGUUACCGCAACCGAUGUUCAAUUAGGGAUUGUUCCCUCAACUACUGUUCAACAACAAGUUCAAAAUUCACCACAGCAACCAAUAACUUCGACUGCAUUUCAUCAAUCGACAGAGGCAGAACUUGUCGGAGAUCUUCAAAAUCUACAACAAUUUUCAAUUUCUCUAAAUGCGCCGCCUCCUACUUUAGAACAUCAGCAUUUACAGCAGAUGCAGCAAACAUUCCAAAUGCCCCCACAUGUUUCAUCGAUUCUAGGACAUCCCAAACAAAAUUGCACACAACUACAAAUUCUGAAGAAAAUGGAUCAACGUCAAGAUCAACAAGGAAUAUAUCAAAUUCCACAAUCCCAUCAAUUGGAAGCCAAAUCUUCGCUGGAAAAUUUUUUGGCCGCUGCAAGGAAUUGAAGCUAAUCGUCAUAACUUUGUUCAUUUGAUUCAGCACCGUUUCAUAUGAAUGUCAACAGUCAAUCUGCUCCUGUUCAAAAUACUACGAUUCCCCUUCAU